GCUGUCAGAUUAACCAUCACACGGUUGUGUUUAUAGUGGUUGUUUUUUGAUGUUGAUGAUAUCUUUUGGGUUUCUGGUUGCUGCUUGGACAUUAAGAUUUAAGGUUCCGCGGUAGGGUACGCACUAGUGCACUACACGCGUGACGCUGAAGUGAGCUGUGUAGUAACUCGACUGCUAACUGUUACAAUAUAGUAACUUUGCAUAUCGUCGUCGCUACUAUUGUAAUUCGUCGUCUUUGUCGUGAUUUCCGAGUGCUUUAUAAAUCGCGUGCCCGACAAUAUGACUCUGAGUUAGUGUGCCGACCACGGCCGCCGCCGCCAACGGUCGUCGUCUUUUUUGACGGGGGUGUGGUGCCGGUGGUGCGGCAGCCGCAGUCGGAUUCAUAGACAAGUAUACUGCUCCCGCUCGGAGGAGAGACGCGGUCACGUGCGACCGGCACUCGUAUUCAUAAUUAAUAAUAUUAUUGUCCCCGAGGGGCUGAAGUGCCUCUACGUCCGGCUGUCGCGAUCGCCAUGUCCGAGAAGCAGCCGUGCACAUACCGGCAAACGCGUUUUCACCGAUUCCACGGUUACAACCUGAGCCUGCACGAACAGGACACGGUAGCCCACCGGGAGAUGAGCUUCGCCAACGCCAUAGUGUUCAGUGAACAGUCUCUGUCGCCGGGCGAAGUGUUCCUCAUCGAGAUCGAGAGCAGCGAGAACGGCUGGUCCGGACACAUACGACUGGGUCURACACAGCUCGACCCAGACGCGCUGCAGCGCAGUGGCCAUCUGUUGCCGCAGUGCGCUAUACCGGACAUGGUGUCCAACAAGACGAUGGGUGAGUCGUGGAUAUGCGCGCUCACCAAACACCAGGCUUGGUACGACGCCAACUAUCUUACYAAUUACUUCCGGCUGGACGGUAAUCAUGUAUUCACAUCACGGGGUACGUUUCCGACCAGCAUUCUGAAGUCGUCAGGCAACGAAAAAAUGGACAUCUUGCCGACAGACGUGGGCAGUCGGGUUGGCGUGUUGUAUUUGCCCUGUGGACAGAACAUGGCUGUCAUGCAUUUCAUUAUCAACGGUGAGUUUGUCGUUCCGCUAUCGAGAACCAUUCCGUAUAAUGACGGUCCUAUCAGAGCAGUCAUUGAUGUGUACGGUGCCACUAAACGAGUCCGUGUAAUACAAGUAUACAAUGUUAAUUCGUUGCAAAGUGCGUGCAGGGAGACUAUUCUAAAGAAUAUCAAAGCAGCAUCUGUAUCAAAAUUACCAUUACCCAACGCUCUUAAAGAGUAUCUCCUAUAUAAGACUUAAUCGGUGAUUACUACUCAGUUUUUAACCCUAAUUUUAGUUUCCAAACUGUAAUUGUAUUUU